CUUUAUUAAAUAAUGAACCAGACCCCAAAAAGUAAACAGCUGUUAUUGCUAGGCAACGGGAGCAGCAUUUGGUGAUGCAGCACCUGACAUUCCUGACCAUGUGGGCGGAGCAUGCAUGAAAUGGAAUGUUUAGUAUAACUGUGCAACACAAGCACUUAGUUACAGCAUUUUUCAUUGUAUCCAGACACAUCUACAGCAGCAUCUCUGUGCAGGACAAACGACAGUUGAAGAUAUAAAACAUCGAAAACUUCACUUCACUUCUCUACAAUACAUUGGUUCCUUUGUUUCAAAGGCCAAAAUGAAUCGAGGGAGAUCGAGAAGAGGAUUGGUGAGUGCUUCACCAUGCAGUACAGUACAGUCUGAGCUGAUGAACCUACGAGAGGAAUUUCAAAUAAUACAGGCUGAGAAUGUCAAAUUAAGAGAAGAGGCAGAAAAAUCAAGAGGAGAAGCUAAAAAUUCAAAGUUUGAAACUGAAGUAGUAUUGCAGGAAUUACUGCAUGUGGGUCUAAAACUUAAAGUAGAGAAGAUGGGAAAACAACAGGCAGAAAAUGAGAAUGAAAACAUCAAGAAAGAACUGUUGGAAGCUCAAAAAGCAUUGGAGGAAGAGAAAACCACAGCACAAGAAGCCAAAAAUAAAUAUCAAACUGCAAAGAAGGAGGCAGAAAACGUGAUGCAGGAAUUACAGGAGGUGCAGAAAGAUUUUGAAGAGGAAAAAAGGAAAAUGCAGUUGGCAACACAAGAAGCUGAAAAUGUCAUGGCUGAAGCUGAAAGAGUAAGGAAGGAAUUCCUGCACGUAAAGCAACAACUUGAAGAGGAGAAAAAACGUAAACAUGAGGCAGAAAAUGAGAUUGAAAAUAUGAAGAAAGAAUUGUUGGAAGCUCAAAAAGUGUUGGAGGAAGAGAAAAUGAAAAUACAGGAAGCAAAGAAAGAAAUGGAAAAUACAAAGAGUUACACUCAAAACAUGAAGAAGAAGCUGCUGGAAACACAGGAAGCAAUAGAAAAAGAGACACGUGGAAAAUGGGAGGCAAAACAGGAAAGUGAAACUCUGAAGAAGGAACUGAUGAAAGUGCAAGAAGAACUUGCAGAAGAGAAAAUUGAGGUGAAGGUAUUCGAGAAAGAAAUGACAGGCUCUGCGAGGACCAAGAAAGACUGCAAAGAUGCACUUAAAGAAAUCCAAAAGCACAAAAAGGAAGCUAAAGAGCUCCUCAAACAGAAAGUGAAACUGGCCAAACAGCAGCUGAAAGACAAAUUUAAAGACGCCGAGGAGCAGCUAAACAAAACGUUGAAAGAGCUGAAGGCAAAAGAAAAAGAAAAGAAAGCCGAGGACACGAGGGGAUUCUGGAGCAGACUGCUGAGAAAGAACUGACCCAGCAGCACCUUUAACCCACUUUCUCUUUCACCGUCCCUCUCCUCCUAAAACUCCCCCCAAACUUUACUUGGGACGUUUGUUUGUUUUUUAAAAACUCUAAUCUGAAUACAUGUACUGAAAUACACAAAUAAAAUUGCUUUAACUUGA